AUGCUCAACGUCGCCGCCAUAGUUGUCUCUAUAAUCUCCUUAGUCACGUCAAUAGGUGUGGCUGGACUGGGUGCGUGGUUCACGUAUAGAACUGAUGAACGCAAAGCCAUCCGUGAGGCUGAAAGCCUCCUUCGCAAAUACCGUGAACCGCUUCUGCUAGCUGCCCAAGAUCUCCAGUCCCGGCUGUUCAAUAUGCUUGACAGAACGCACCCGGACAGAAACGUCCUCUCUUUCGCUAGACUGUCAGAAGUGUACCAAGAUGCAAUGUUUGUCUAUACUGCCUUCUUGGUCGGCCAGUAUCUUGCGUGGACGAAUAUACUACGGCGACAAGCACAGUUCACUGCAUUCACCACCGAGGAGAAGCAGCCCAGCCGCACCAAGAAGUUCAUCGGGGUACUGGACAGUAUUACAGACGUCCUGAACACGGGCUGGCACCCGGAAGCGGAAAACGCGCAGUUCUGGGAGCGCUGGGCGCACCCGGAGCCUGACGUCCCCCUCUUCAUACUAUUCAAAGGCCACCAGAGAGCCAUAGGCGAGAUCAUGACUGUCAGGGAAGACGGUAAGGAUGGCGAGUUACUCUGCAUGGGCUACUCCGAGUUCUCCAAAAAAUGGAAGAAGGCCGAGGACAUUACCAGCAGAUACGGAUCCGCAAUUUCAAGAAAUGCGCGGGAUCAUCCGGAAGAUGCAGAAAUACUUACAUGGUUCCUUCCUGUUACCCAUGGCAUUCUUGCGCUUGUUGGCGCGCAUCGUAACCGCAGGCCAGAAGGGGUCGCUGAAAAUACCCUCCGAGUGCUGCAACACCUCCUUGUCGACUUGGUUCAGAUAUUAGACCCAAAAGGGUUACGACCAGGUUCACAGAGAGAGAGAAAGAAGGCAGGGUUUCCUACGCGCGCAUUGGGUUGUUGGUGCGAGAGCUGUCGUCUUCCACAGCAGGAAAUAUGGAGCUUCUCUUCUUGGCUGGGGAAUAUCAAGGGAAAAAAAUGCAAGGAUCAAAAGUCACAAGGGGAAGACCGGAAUGGAGCCCGGGUUAUUGUGUAG